CUAGAGAAGCGGUCGUUGUAAAAGAUCUUCUAGAGACGGUGUUUGCCUCUUUCUGUUUCCGUUCUCCGUCGUAGAUACGAUCAUUAAUCUCGCUAGUUUUUUUACCUUCGUGGGCUAAACAAAUCUAAUUAAUUUAGAGAUGGCAGCUGCUUUGUCUAGCAGGUUUCUCAAGACCGUUCGUUGUAACAGAUUGGCAUCAGUCUAUCAAAAUGGGAUGAUGAGAUACUCAUCUUCUGUUCCCAGCGAUUCAGACACACAUGAUGACUUCAAGCCUACACAGAAAGUUGCUCCUGGUUCCACUGACUCACUAAAGGAUCUCGUUGAGAAUGAUGUGAAGGAAAAUCCUGUGAUGAUCUACAUGAAAGGAAUCCCUGAAGCUCCUCAGUGUGGGUUUAGCUCACUAGCUGUAAGGGUUCUGCAACAAUAUAAUGUUCCUGUUGGUGCUAGAAACAUUCUUGAAGAUCCAGAGUUGAAAAACGCUGUGAAAUCCUUCAGCCAUUGGCCUACAUUUCCACAGAUUUUCAUCAAGGGAGAGUUUAUUGGAGGCUCAGACAUCAUUCUCAACAUGCACAAGGAAGGUGAACUUGAGGAGAAGCUUAAAGACGUCUCUGCAAACCAAAAGUCUCAGUAA